AUGGAUACCAAAACGGGGACUCCCACUGGCAUCAAGCUCUGCCUUUGGCUCACCAUCAUCUUGCUCUUCACCGAUCUAUCGGAGGCCAUCGAUUUUGGCUAUCAUCCCAGUGCCGAGGAGUUUGACACUUUGCUGAGGGAGACCACCAAGCAGAGUCCCUGGAGCCGGGAUCUUCUCCAGCAGCAACAGCAGCAGCAGCGUUUUAUCCACGACAAUCGAGGAUUUGUGCCGCGUUAUCAGCACCAGACCUCCAUACGCUUUCAGCCGCCGGAGUUGGAUUUUCAAUUGUUCGAUCAGGAUCAGGAUCAGCCCUCACAGCCGUAUGUCUUUGAGUCUGUGGAGGAGGAUGAUGUGGCCGCCAGUGCAGGGGAUCAGCUGCAUGUGCAGAGUGAGCUGCUGGAGAUCAAGGAGCCCACCAGGAGACCUGGCAAUAGCUCUUAUAGCUCUCCUGCAACCUUUCCCAUAUACUUUACCCAUCCCACCACGGGCAUAGUGUAUGCCAUUAGCCAAGUGGGAGCAGGAGGUGAAGGAUUAGGAGCAGCAGCAGGAGGAGGAGUCGGACUACCCCCCACUGCUGGCCAAAGUCGUAACGAUAGCAAUGCCAUUGCAAUUUAUGUGACCAAAGCCCAGUAUGAUGCAGAUAUGGAGAAGCUACGACGGCGUUAUGAACACCAAUGUCAGGUUGCGCCACCAGGCACAGUGAUAUCCACCCUGAAUCCCAGCCAGCAGCAUCAGCAGCAGAUUGGAGGAAUCACCACUGCGAGGCCCCAAAUUAUACGCCUCAAGAAACCCAAAUAUCCGCCGGGAAGACCCAGUAAUAAAUUACCCAAACCCGGCCAUCGACCGCCUCCCGUGAUGGUGACCAGUGGACCCAUCGAUCAUGUAAGCGAUCAGUUGCUAAAGUUGCCACACAGAGGAGGCGCCACCAUGACCACCUCGACCAGUACGACCAGCACCACCACCACCCGGAAGCCGAGCACGCGCAGGAAACGUCGCAAGAAGAAAAAGCCCAGCAAGGAUAAGGUGGUAAAGAGACGACCCAGGCCAGGAUAUGGGGGUAAUAAUACCCGCAAUCAGCCAGGACCAUUGCCCAUUAUCCUGGGCAAGAGACCAAGUGGGAGUAGCACCACCACAACAAGGCCACCACCGCCGGCAUACACGCAACUGGAGAAGCCGCACAUGCCGGUGGCCACCACCCAACCGACGGGCAGCAAUGUCUUCAGUCAGCAUUUGUACAGAGCGGGGGAAGAAAGUGACACAAGGGAAGAAUUGCAUGAAGAAGGAUCACCCGGAGAAGAAAGUGAAUUAAAGGAAGAAUUACUCAAAAAAGGGUCAAGAGAAGUGGAGAGUCCUAGCCGCAGGCGACGCUCUUUGGAGGCUCUACAAGGAGGAAAUAGGAAAGCAUCUAGAAGAGAUCCUUCCUUAAAGAAAGCAGAAGAAACUCAAGAUAAAAAAGGAAGAAAAAGACAGCAAAGAACUUCCAGAAGAAAUGGAGAAAUCAGAAGAACCCUGAGUAAGCCAAAAAACUGGAGAAAGGCUGUAAAGAAAUCACUAAAAUCCCUUGAUCAUCGUCGACAACGUCGCUCCCUCCAAGUAAUCACUCCAGAAACCAAGAUCCAGGAUCCCACAAAAUCCUCGGGACUUGUCCAAGGACCACAAAGAGUAGUCUCCGCUCGAAGGGUAAGCACACCGCCCAGGAGCACUCCCCGCCGGCGUUCCAAAGGUAGCAGUUCCAAGCCCAAAACCAAGCAGCCACCACAAACUCCAGUGCCCAAGGACAAGGGUAAGACCGAGGUGGCCCAUAUGUUGCCCACGGCCAUACAUUUGGCCCACUGGAAUCACAGCCGAAAGGAGCAGGGAGUACAAAGGACACAAAGUGAUCCCUUAACAUCCCUGAAGAAAAACCAAACUGCAAGGAUUUCAACACCAAAAUUGAAUAAGAAAUCCAAAAGCAAGGAGCGUAAAAGAGGAAGACCCGAGGGCUCUAGUUUUCCCGAUCUUUUCGAGCUCAUGGGCGAUGAUGGAGACUAUGAUGAUGAUGGUAAAGAGGAGCAGGAUGAGGAUGACGAGGAUGAAGACGAAGACUACUUUUAUGGAAAGCCAGUAAGGCGACGGCACACCGAUCAGCAGAGUGACCAAAAGGAGGAUAGCAGCUCCGCGGAGGAGGGUGCAGAUUUUGGGGCCAUGGUUGAGGAUGAGGUGACCACGCCCCCGGCAACCAGCAGCGAAGAGGAGGCGACGACGUCAGCUGAGGUCACCUCCAGCACCAAGAACUCCAUGGCCAAGAAGAAGAUACGCAUCAGGCGACGUCCUGUGGAUACGGAGGAGGACUAUGAUGAUGAUGAUGAGGAUUCUGGCAUUGGUGGCUUUUUUCGCAUGCUUUUUUAUCCCGUUCAGGUGGCCAUGUCGAGGAUAAUGGAUGGCUUCAGCAGUCCCGAGGAGGAUGAGGACAAGGAGCCUUCAGGACCCAUGAUAAGCAAGUACCCGAGCUACACGCUCUAUCACAAUGCCCACAGCAAUGAGGCCUACGCAGAGCCUGAGGAUCAGGAUCAAGAUGAGGAUGAAGAGGAAUCCUCCUCGCUGGGCAGUUGGUUUAGCUCCUGGUUUGGUUUGCAGCGGAAAACGAAGAAGAUUGGAAGUACCACCACCACCACGACAGUGGUGCCUCUGCCCACACCCUCAAAGGAGCCACCUGGCUGGCUAGAGUCCUGGUUUGGUUUUGGCAAGACCAACACCAAGGAUGAGGAGGAGGAAGAUGACUAUGAUAAAUGGUUUGCCAGCUGGUUCGAUUCACGGCCCAAGCGAAAGGUCAGACGACGUUCCACCACCUCCACAUCGACCACAUCGACCACAACAACCAGUCCAGCUGCAGCAGCUGCCCAGGUGCCCAUCCUGACCAUUGUGGAUCCACUGCGAAAUCCCCAAAACUGGAUUGGCAUUCUAGCGCAUCACAUAGUUAACUCCACGGCUACGACUACCAGUAAUCCUUUGCUGCAGGCACUGGCCACCCGGAUGUCAAGUACCAGGGGAACCACUAGCACCUCAAGUACCACAACCAGUACGACCACAUCGAAGCCAGAGGUUCCUAGGAGAAUAAAUUAUGAUAAGUAUCAGAUUUGGAGACUAAAGCCACAGGAUGAGACGCAGGUGCGAGCUCUAGAGGAUUUCAAAAAGGCCGAGGAUGGCGUCAAGAUGCAGUGGCUCAAGGGGCCAAGUUUAAGAGGUCUCACCGAUGUCCUUGUGCCGCCCAAAAUGCUGGUGGAUUUCCAGGGCACUUUGAACUACGAGGGCAUUGCCCACGAGGUGCUCAUCUUUGAUGUGGGCAAGGCCAUAGCCUAUGAGCGUUCCAAGGAGGAUUAUCUGCACACCACACGGCCAUCGAAGCAUCAGUCCUCACGUCCCACAAUACCACCGCCCAUGACCUGGAAUCGGUAUCAUAAUCAUGAUGAGAUUGUCAAGUAUUUGGAGACGGUACGCAUGCGCCAUCCGCAGCUGGUCGAGCUCAUACACAUUGGACGCUCCUACGAAGGUCGUCCCUUGAUCGUGGUCAAGAUUGAGUCCAAGCAAGCGAGUUUAUAUACCGGAAAUAGCGAUGGUCCUGUGACGGGGAAACGGCCCAAGCGGAAACACAAAGCUGGCCAGGCAAAUGCUGUGUUCGUGGAGGCUGGAGCUCAGGGAUUGGCUUGGAUAGGACCAGCAACGGCCACCUGGAUGAUAGCCGAGCUGCUUAGACUGAUGAAAACCAACAAAAGCAACGAGGAGGUGGAGUUUAUACGGAACACCACCUGGUAUGUGAUGCCCGUCCUUAAUCCCGAUGGUUAUGCCUAUAGCCAUGAGUAUGAUCGUUUCUGGAAGAAAUCACGAUCGCAACAUCAGGCCCCGCCGCCCAGUGGCCUCUUGGAUUCGGCAAUGACAUGGCUACAGCAGAAACGGGGACCGGAAAAGGUCUGCUAUGGUGUGGAUCUCGAUAGGAAUUGGCUUUACCAGUGGGGCAAACGUGGCAGCUCCAAGGCUCCCUGCAAUGAGUUCUAUGCGGGUCCCACGCCCUUCUCCGAGCCGGAAACGAAGGCAGUUUCGGAAUUUCUCAUGGACUACAGAACGCAAAUCAAGUUGUACAUAUCCCUGCAGGCCUAUGGUCAGGUCAUAUCCUAUCCUGUGAAGGCCAAUUCCACAUUUAAUUCGGAGCGUUUGGAUGAUUUCCUGGAUGUGGCCAUGGUGGGCACCGAUGGACUCCGCAAAAAGGGCAGCAAGUCGCGCUACAAGGUGGAUGCCUCCAAUGAUCUAAUAGAACAGCGAUCGGGCUGUGCGGAUGCCUUUGCCGCCUACGAGAUUGGAAUACCCUUUAGCUAUACGCUCCAGCUGGCGGACAAUGGUGUCCAUGGCUAUCUGCUGCCCAGCAGUGCCAUCGAGCCCACGGCUCGGGAUGCCUUUGAGAUCAUUAGCGGCAUGAUGGACUACAUUUAGGUUGAAGGAGAAUGGAGGAUGAUGGGCAGGGAUUCGGGUUGGGUGCUUAGUUCCUUUUUUUCCUAUCAAGCGCAUUCUUUGGUCGUUUGCGUUCCGGAGAUCAUAUUUUAACAUUUUCGGAAUACACUCCCCAAAAAGGAUAUCCAUACUUGAAU